AUGACUCGCCGCAAGGUUGCCACCACCAGCAACGCAAGUUCUCAAGGACCCCGACUUCCUGCCGAUACACCGUACAAGUGCUCCGACAAUACUACAACUGACCAUGUUGGUACCAGCUCAACCACCUCACAAGAUGAAGUUUCACCGUUCCAGUCACUUCUACCACUCUAUUAUGAGCUCCCAGCAGGGCAAACAGCACACCUUAUACACACCUCUCUCCUGAUUCCCGGGCGCGGAGCGCCUUCGAAGGAUAUGUCGAUAAUCCUUCAAUGCGGAAAGAUCCAAUCGAUCCAAUCAACCAAGUCGCUUCCAGAGGCUAUCUCCAAGUCUCUCCCAACCACCAACGUCUCGGUCAUCCUGCCAGGGCUCUGGGACUGCCACACUCACCUCCUAGGCGCAACCUCAUUUAACUUUUCGGAGCUACUAACAACCACACCACCGGCACUCGCGGGAGCCAGGAUCGCGCGCAACGUACACGACAUUCUUAUGAGUGGCUUCACCUCUGUGCGAGAUCUAGGUGGGUACGCGAUCGAGAUCUCCAAAGCCAUCGCCGAAGGCAGCCUGAUAGGACCCAACAUCUACUCUGCUGGGGCAGCCAUCUCUCAGACAUCCGGGCAUGGAGACGUCUUCGACAUGCCAUCAGGGUUCGUCGCCUCAUGCCUUGGCGUCCGUGACACACAAGCCAACGGCUUCAACCCGGCGUACGGGCCUUUACUCCUCGCUGACGGCGAGGACGAGUGUCGGCGUGCGGUCCGCUUACUCAUCCGGCGCGGCGCCUCGUGCAUUAAGGUCUUUGCAUCGGGAGGUGUGCUCAGCAUCGCCGAUGACCCCCUUCGCCAGCAAUUCUCCGACGCCGAGCUUAAAGUGAUCGUUGACGAGGCCAACCGUGCUGGCCGCGUCGUCGCCGCCCACUGCCACGGCAAGAACGGAAUCCUCGCAGCGCUCCGCGCAGGGUGUAAAAGUAUUGAGCACGGUACUUAUAUGGACUCUGAAUGCAUUGAUGUAUUCAAGAAAAACAACGCCAUCUAUGUUCCGACACGUACAAUCGUGAAGCUUGGGAUUGACCACCCAGAGCUCAUGUCACCAGAGUCCUACCGCAAGAUGGUUGAGACAGCCAAACAUCACAAAGCCGCGUAUCAGCUCGCUGUGAAAUCCGGGCUGAAGAUUGCAUUGGGGACGGACCUAGGCAUCUCUGCACCGACGACUCACCCGCUUGCGCUGGGGAACAGCGGGGGCGAGCUGAGCUACGCAGUUUCUGAUGGGGGCAUGACACCCCUGGAAGCUAUCGAGGCGGCGACAGCCAAUGCGCCAGAUGUGCUUGGUGGGUUGGGCAUGGCACCCAAGAGUGGACGCAUUGAGGUUGGCUAUGAUGCUGAUCUGAUCGCACUGAGUGAGAAUCCGCUGGAUGAUAUGAAUGUUUUCAAGGACCCGAAGAAUGUGACACAUGUGUGGAAGGGCGGGAAGUUGUUCAAGAGUCCGGAUGGGAAGACGGCGAACGGCAGCGGAAGUGUGUUUGGAACAUAA